UGGUGUCACUGGGUGAGGAUGGGUGCGGCCUUCAGAAGGUUCUGCACUCGAUUCUGCUGUUGCUGCUGCAUCAGUGAUGAGGACGAAGAAGAAAAGAGGCCGAUAUUCAGUAAUGAGACAUUGGAGUAUUUUGACCGUGAGGCAAAAAAGAGACGAGAUCAGGAGACGAACCUGUGGAGUGAACCUGGAGAUCCAUCACACUCAGAGAGAGACGAUGACCGAGCACUUUAUAACCUCCUGCAGAGCCGAGCUAAAACACGCAGGGGCUCACAGGGAUACAGGAGGCUGAGUGUGGAUAUCGAGGCAAUGAGAGAAGUGAGGAGGGAAGUGAGAGACAAGUGGAAGAUCAUCCUGGAGAAUCUAGGCUUUAUGCAGGAGGCGGAGUCUCUGCUGACAGUCAAUGCGAAUGCAUCAUAUGACCGAAUGAGGAAUGCAGUGACGGCCAGGAGCCUGUUACAGACACUUUACUCGGAGACGUCCAUCUUUAACAGCAAGGAGGCUCCACCUGAGAGAUACCUGUUCAUCCUGGACCGCUUGAUUUAUCUGGAUGCUGCAGAAGACUUUGUGGCAAAAGCUCGCCGUUUUUAUCCUCCUAGGGAUGAAGAUGACGAAGAGGAGGAUAAUACGAUAAACCUGCCCCUGCUGCUGUCACGCGUUAAUCAGCACCUGAAUGCAGGAGAGGAGGAUGAUGAUGGUGAUGGAGGAGACAGGAGUGGACAGGAUGAUUAACUGCACUGUACUCACUGCACACUCACCACAGCACACUGUGUGUUUAAAGGUUAGAAUGGAGCUCACAGCAGUUCACUGGGAGUUAAAGGCUGAGGAAUGUCAUUUAUAUACAGUAGUAUAAACACUUCUAAGGGAUUUGGGGUGAAGAGUCACAUUACAGGAUUAGGGCGAGGCUGAUUUUAAUGUUUAAGUUCAACUAGAUUUAGGACGUAGUGUAAGGUGAACGUGAGGGUUCAGUGAGUGUGAGGGUUUAUUCUGAGGGUUCAGUGAGGGUUUAUUCUGAGGGUUUAGGGAGUGUGAGGGUUUAUUCUGAGGGUUCAGGGAGUGUUUAUUCUGAGGGUUCAGUGAGUGUUUAUUCUGAGGGUUUAGUGAGUGUGAGGGUUUAUUCUGAGGGUUCAAUGAGUGUGAGGGUUUAUUCUGAGGGUUCAGUGAGUAUGAGGGUUUAUUCUGAGGGUUCAGUGAGUGUGAGGGUUUAGUAUCUGUGGUCCAGUUGUAAAGCUCAGAGCUGAUGAAUGACUGAUUGGAAUAUUUUUAAGGUGAAACAGCUUUAAAUUUCAACCUCAUGUAGUUCAACCACCUUUCACUUUUAUAAUAACAAACCAAAGUAAAUACAAAAUAUAAAUAAAGUGUGUUUGUGUGUGUAAACCAGUAAAUAAAAUAAUCUUAACCAAA